CCCUUUCCGCCGGAAGCGGUUUUCAGAGCCUCCACGUGCUGUCCCUCCCCCCUGCGGUCCGGCCCCGGCGGCUCCGCUGCUGCCAUGGAGCCCGCCAGCCUGGAACAGAUCCUGCGGGAGCUGCUGCUGCCAGACACCGAACGCAUCCGCCGGGCCACCGAGCAGCUCCAGGCCGCUCUUCGGGACCCCGCCGCCCUGCCCGCGCUCUGCGAUCUGCUGGCGUCGGCGGGCGACCCUCAGAUCCGCCAGUUCGCGGCCGUACUGACCCGCAGACGACUGAGCACAGGCUGGCGAAUGCUGGCGGCAGGGCAACGCGAGAGCAUCAAGUCCCUGAUCCUGACGGUCCUCCAGAGAGAGACAGAGCAUUCCGUGAGCCUUAGCCUGGCCCAGCUCUCAGCUACCAUUUUUCGAAAAGAAGGCUUGGAAGCGUGGCCUCAACUCAUGCAGCUUCUUCAGCACAGUACCCACAGUCCCCUCAUCCCAAAGAGAGAGAUGGGGCUUUUGCUGCUAAGUGUGGUGGUGACCUCCCGACCUGAGGCCUUCCAACGCCACCACCGGGAGCUCCUUCGGCUUCUAAAUGAGACCCUUGGUGAGGUGGGCUCUCCUGGGCUUCUCUUCUAUUCCGUGCGCACUCUGACCACCAUGGCCCCUUACCUCGGCACUGAUGAUGUGCCUCUUGCGCGGAUGUUGGUACCCAAGCUCAUUGUGGCCGUGCGGACUCUGAUCCCUGUAGAUGAGCCAAAGGCCUGUGAAGCCAUGGAGGCCCUGGAUGAAUUGCUGGAAUCAGAGUUGCCCAUCAUCACCUCCCACCUCUCAGAAGUCCUCACAUUCUGCCUGGAGGUGGCUAGAAACGUAGCCCUGGGCGAUUCAGUACGUGUGCGUAUUCUCUGCUGCCUCACUUUCUUGGUCAAAGUCAAAAGCAAGGCCUUACUGAAGAAUCGCCUCCUGCCGCCUUUGCUGCACACUCUUUUCCCCAUCAUGGCUGCCGAGCCCCCACUGGGCCAGCUGGAUCCUGAGGACCAGGACUCGGAGGAGGAAGAGCUGGAUAUUGGGCUGGUCGGGGAGACACCUAAGCACUUUGCUGUUCAGGUCGUGGACAUGCUGGCACUCCAGUUGCCCCCUGAGAAGCUGUGUCCACUGCUGAUGCCCAUGCUGGAAGAGGCCUUGCGGAGCCAGAGCCCAUACCAGCGCAAGGCUGGGCUCCUGGUGCUGGCGGUGCUCUCCGAUGGAGCCGGCGACCACAUCAGGCAGAGACUGCUGCCCCCACUGCUACAGAUCGUGUGCAAGAGCCUGGAGGAUCCGUCGCAGGUCGUGCGCAAUGCUGCGCUCUUCGCCCUGGGCCAGUUCUCAGAGAACCUGCAGCCCCAUAUCAGCAGCUAUUCCGGGGAGGUGAUGCCGCUGCUCCUCGCCUACCUGAAGUCCGUGCCUCCUGGGCACACACGUCACCUAGCCAAAGCCUGCUAUGCCCUGGAGAACUUCGUGGAGCACCUAGGGCCCAAAGUGCAGCCCUACCUUUCGGAACUUAUGGAGUGUGUGUUGCAGCCUCUGAGGAACCCCGGCAACUCCCGGGCCAAGGAGCUGGCUGUGAGCGCUCUGGGGGCCAUUGCCACGGCUGCCCAGGCCUCCAUGCUGCCCUACUUCCCCACCAUCAUGGAGCACCUGCGCGCAUUCCUGUUGACGGGCAGUGAGGACCUUCAGCCUGUGCGGAUCCAGAGCCUAGAGACCCUUGGGGUGCUGGCGCGAGCAGUCGGGGAGCCCAUGAGGCCCCUGGCUGAGGAGUGCUGCCAGCUGGGGCUGGGCCUGUGUGACCAGGUAGACGACCCUGACUUGCGGCGCUGCACGUACAGCCUGUUCGCAGCCUUAUCGGGGCUGAUGGGCGAGAGCCUGGCUCCCCACCUGCCACGCAUCACCACACGCAUGCUGUUGUCACUGUGUUCUACCGAGGGCAUCGUGCCUCAGUACGAUGGAAGCAGCACCUUCCUUCUGUUUGAUGACGAGAGCGGUGGGGAGGAAGAGGAGGAACUCAUGGAGGAGGACGAGGAAGAAGAGGAUGACUCGGAGAUCUCAGGGUACAGCGUGGAAAACGCCUUCUUCGAUGAAAAGGAAGACACCUGUGCUGCCCUGGGGGAGAUCUCUGUGAACGCCAGUGUGGCCUUCCUUCCCUACAUGGAGACUGUCUUUGAAGAAGUGUUCAAGCUGCUGGAGUGCCCUCACCUGAACGUGCGGAAGGCAGCGCACGAGGCCCUGGGUCAGUUCUGCUGUGCACUGCACAAAGCCUGUCAGAGCUGCCCCUCGGAACCCAACGCUGGUGCUCUGCAGGCCGCCCUGGCCCGGGUGGUGCCAUCCUACCUGCAGGCAGUGAAUGGGGAGCGGGAGCGCCCGGUGGUGAUGGCCGUGCUGGAGGCCCUGACGGCGGUGCUGCGUGGCUGCGGGAGCCUGGCUCUGCAGCCCCCUGGGCGGCUUGCUGAGCUCUGCCUCGCACUCAAGGCCGUGCUGCAGAGGAAGACAGCCUGUCAGGAUGCCGAGGAGGAGGAGGAGGAGGAGGAGGACCAGGCUGAGUACGACGCCAUGUUGCUCGAGCACGCUGGCGAGGCCAUCCCUGCCCUGGCGGCUGCGGCUGGGGGAGAUGCCUUUGCCCCCUUCUUUGCCGGCCUCCUGCCGUUAUUGCUCUGCAAGACGAAACAGGGCUGCACGGCGGCAGAGAAAUCCUUUGCGGUGGGCACGCUGGCGGAGUCCAUCCAGGGCCUGGGUGCCGCCUCGGCCCAGUUUGUGUCCCGGCUGCUCCCUGUGCUGCUGAGCAGCGCCCGGGAGGCAGACCCCGAGGUGCGGAGCAAUGCCAUCUUCGGGCUGGGCGUGCUGGCAGAGCACGGGGGCCGCCCUGCCCAGGAACACUUCCCCAAGCUGCUGGGGCUCCUGCUGCCCCUCCUGGCGCGGGAGCGCCACGAUCGUGUCCGUGACAACAUCUGCGGGGCACUCGCCCGCCUGCUGAUGGCCGGUCCCAUGAGGAAACCGGAGCCCCAGGUGCUGGCUGCCCUGCUGCACGCCCUGCCGCUGAAGGAGGACUUGGAAGAGUGGGUCACCAUAGGGCACCUCUUCAGCUUCCUGUACCAGAACAGCCCUGACCAGGUUGCAGACGUGGCUCCAGAGCUCCUGCGCAUUUCCAGCCUCAUCCUGGCCGAGAACAAGAUCCCACCAGAUACCAAGGCGGCGCUGCUGCUGCUCCUCACGUUCUUGGCCAAACAGCACACCGACAGCUUCCAUUUGGCACUGGGCUCCCUGCCUGGCGACAAGGCCCAGGAGCUCCAGGCCAUCCUGGGCCUCAGCUAGACUGCGGGCUGCAGCUGGGCCGGAGAGAACAGAGCCUGCCCGGGCCAGAGACCAGCUCUCAGCCCACUUCCAGCUCACGCCUUACCAAAGAUUCUGGGCCUGGAUCUCAUACCCACUUGGAGUCUCAGCCCUACUUGCUGCCUUACAGGGGAGUCCCCCAGGGCUGGAUCUGUCAUGCUGUAGGACAAUACAGAGUCAUGACAAUAUUCUGUAAUAAAGGCACUUUAUUUUCUGCUUGAACAGUAGCUCUGGGAGCAGGAAGGAUAGAGAUGCAGGUUCAGACGUCAGGCAGAACAUAGUUUAACGUAGCUGGCUGCCUGGCAG